AUGCCCAUUGAAGUCGUCCCCCUCACGGAGGCGGAUAUCCCCGGCGCUAUCGAGGUGAUUCAGCAGGCUUUCACUGACGAUCCAUAUUUCAAGUGGGUUUUUGAUGAGGAUAAGUUCAACAAACAAAGAAACCAUGAUUCUCUCGCUGCACGUUGUCGCUGGGGAAUCAAAAAUGCAAUUUUCCACGUCGCCAAACAAACAGAACCACUACCCUCCACCACAAACCAAAUCCUAGGCGUAUCCUGCUGGCUCCCCCCAAACCCACCCUCAACCCCCGAAACAUGGACCAGCACACUCCAAAACUGGACCCUAACCUUCUCCCAAAUAGCAAACAACAUCCGAUACAUAGGCCGCGGCGGGCUGCGCACGAACAGGUACUGGAUCUGGAAAGAGCGGCAGGCAGAAGCGCAGAAGCAGAUCUGGAAUGACCCGCUGGGUUACUAUUUUUGUAAUAUUGUUGCUGUUAGUCCGGAUGCGCAAGGGAGGGGCGUUGGGAGGAUGUUGUUUGAGGCUGUUACUAAACGUGCGGAUGAGGAGGGGAGGAGGUGUUAUCUUGAGAGUUCGAAGAGUGUUCCUAAUGUUGCUAUUUAUCAGCGCAUGGGCUUCGAGAUGGCGUUGGAGAUGGAGUGUCGGGAUGGGAGGGAUGCUUGUAUGUUGUACUGCAUGGUUCGGGAUCCGAAGACUCAGUGA